CAUAAACUCGUUGACUUUUAGGUUUUAGGUAAAAGUGCACGUAAAGGGAAAAUUACCACACGACUCUGAAGUUGUGAGUGGAGUGUGCGUUUGGAAAGUUAUCCAUACUAUGGGCCACCCCUGGGGAAGUAGAGAAGCUGUCAUGGCCUACCUUCAGCAGUGUACAGUGAAACAGGUCAACCAUCCAGGGUUGCACAACAACAAGAUGGACAUCCAAGAGUCCAGUCAUUCUCAGGACGACUCUUGCACUCAGAGCAAGAAUAAUUCUUCAAGACGGCUAAGUACAAGCCAGAAAGGCAGUGACUAUACCGAACAGCUGACUGUAGAAAUGUUGAUGGCAAUCUUCCUGUAUCUGCCGUAUGAAGACUUGUUGACAUGCCGGCAUGUGUGCAAAAGAUGGCAGGCCGUCCUGAGUGAGGGGUUCUUCUGGAAGUGCCUGACGUUCUUCAGCUUCAGCUUCCAGGAGGAGGUGGAGGGGUCUACCUCAGGGUCGCUGACGGAGUGGAGGACGGACUGGAACCACGAGCCAAACUGCUUCUUCGGCGUCCAGGCCGCCGUGCCAAAAGGAGCGGUGUUCACCAAGCUUCCACAGAGGUGGAGGAAUGGCAUCCUGUGCCCAUCAUCAGAGGACAUCAAGGAUCAAGUUGAAGACUACCAGAACUUCUACCGUGCUGUCCACGCCCUCUCUACUGUCCACUCCUCCAUACAGAGACUAAAUCUCUUCUACUCUGGUUCGGCGGAGUUUGGGUGGAAGAGCAGAGGUAGAAGUGCCAUCGACACCUGCCUGUUGCCAUGGCAACACGACGGACUUCCCACCGCAGAGGAGGUACUGGAGCUAUUCCACAUCAAUCCUCUUCUGAAGGAGUCUGUGACCUAUGAAAAGAAGAAGGGAGACUUUGGAGGAACUAACCAGCUGUCCCACAUCUUCUGCUCCCGCUCCUACAGCGGAGAGGUCAUGGUGUUCUACGACCUGGUACAGGGCCUUCUCUGUCCCAGGAACGAAUACAUCCAGGUGUGUGUGAAUGUGAGAGACCCCACCCACAUGCAGUGUCCAUCUCCAGUCUUCAUCCUAGCCUUCCUGGCACCUGGAUGGGUGGGCGGGAUCAUGACUGGACUCUGGUAGUCUGUCUCCUGGGGUGUGUCUAAUAAAAGCCAUGUACAGUUCAGAUAGUCUCCAUGCUGGAAUCAUGACCAAAAGCAUGUCGGCAGAACAUACUGUGCCUGUGUGAAAGCCCAUAACGUAUUGUGCAUGGCUCUUCGGCAGAAUGGCUGGCCAUGCUUUAAGGUCAUACAUGUCAUACUUGCGUAUUUUAAGGAUAACAUCCCGGCUAGUUUUCAAAUGUUGUGGUUGAAAAGAUACUGUCUGCGAUGGGCAAAAUUCUGACUCAAUGUUGAUCAAGCAUAAAAAAAAACCUUGAAAAGUCUGGGUUUUGCGCAGGUGCAGUAUAAUCUACUGAUGUGCUUGUGGUACAUACUAAAUGGUAAGUGUGAUGGUACAUACUGUACAUACUGAAGUAUGUACCAUGCUGAUUAUUUCCAUAGAACUGUGGUUGCAAUUAUUUACCAAAAAUGAUUUGGUAGAAGGUAGUGAACCUCCAUUUAAAAAAGGUCAAUAUAAUUCCACAAAGUUGUGCAACAAAGUCUAGGAAGGACAUAAAAAUAUAACUAGAGAUAGAACAUUUUAUAUGAAGUGCCAGUAUUUUUUCCCCAGCUUGGCUGAGAUAGAGCAUGUACUAUAACUUGUAUAAGAUACAAAGUUUUGUGAAUCAUUGGUGCAGUAGGAACCAUGUAAUUGUAACAAUUUUAUAACUGGUUGAGUUUAGUGAUGCAAUUGAUGUGUAGUCAUUCUACUGUGGAUAUCUUUUUGUUCAUUACUCCAGUGUAUAUAAUAUGUGUACCUACAUAUGUAUAUAGAGGUAAACAGACCAUAUAUGUAACAUACAUUAUUUCUAUCAUGUAUUUCUACCACCAAAAUUUCUAUCUUGUAUAACCACAUGUGGUGAACUGAUGAGUUCUAAACAAAGUAUGAGUUGCUUUGUAAGAUGUACAAAAGUUUGAAUAUCAUAGUAUAA